UUAUUUUAAUAAAAAUAAAAUUGGAGGAAUAUUCAAAAGAAAUAAUUAAAAAAAUAAAAAUAACGAAUAAAGGGAAAAGAGGAAAGAAGGAGGAUAUGGUGGAAUCGGAUAGAUCAAAUGUUUGUAUGUUCCACUUGAGGAGGGUUCAAUUCCAGACAUAUGUAAAAGAAAAAGGAUGUCAGAUUAAUGAUGCCAUUGAACCAAGUCUUGAACCGGCAAUUUUGGGGCGAUCUACAAUGAUUUUACUGGACAAACAAACAAAAAUAGGACGAAAUCCUGAGUUGGUAGAUGUUGUACUUCAUUCUGUUGUUCACAGUAAUAUGAUUUCUCGAGACCAUUCUGAAAUUAUCGGUGUGACAGAUGAUAAAGGAAAAUAUGUUCGUUAUCUCAUUACAGAUCGUUCAUUAAAUGGCACUUAUGUUAAUGAUACUAGAGUGAAUAUACAGCAACAACUUAAAGAAGGAGAUUUAAUUAAAUUUGGACAUGUGAAUGGGGCCGCUAUCAAGGCUGGUGAGUACGCUCCCCAACAAUCUGCGGAGUUUAUUUUUCGUUUUGAAAGGGCACUCUCGAAUUACAACUAUUUUGGCUACUCGAAAAAGCGUGUGCGUGUACAGAGUGACCAAAAGAGAGCGUAUAUGCAGAUCAACUCAGACCUUGUUGUUCCAACAGAGGUCUAUUCCUGUGUUGCUGUACCCAAAGCUUUACCUCCUUCGUCUGGCACUGUCUCUGGUCCUUCAGCAUCUUCUAUGAAUGCAACUGUGCCUGCUUCAACAGUUCCUGUCGCUCCUGACAGUACAACGAAUAAUUCAGGCGCUCCAGUUGUUGUUGUUCCUCCGACUGUGCUCUCCACUCCCUCAUCCAUUUCUGCCACCAUUCCUGUCACUUGCAAUAUUAGUCAUAACGGCAUUAAUGGUUUUACUGGCACAAAUUCCCUGCCAAACUCAGCCCAAAUACAAAACAACGCCUCCACACAACAAAACCAUCAACAGCAACAAUUGGCACAUUUGGCUGCCUUCGCUGCAGCAACAACGGCAGUUACUAAUGCACAGCAACAACACUCUUCCUCUACUGCCAAUUCCCUUGGAGGAACGACAUCAACACUUAAUAAUUCCCAACAACGUAAUCAACAAAUAACGACGAAUAACAACCACCACCACCAACAGCAGCAGCAGGCAUUAAAUGCUUUGAAUCAACUAGGCCUGGGAACUGUUACAGCUGCUACUAAUGAAGAGCAGAUAAAUGCCCAACUACGUUCUUUAAUGGCCUCUCAUGAUGCAAUGUCAGCAAUGGAAAGGCUAACUGCUCAACAACAAUUUCAAAAAUCUUUGCUUAAUUUAAACUCUUUACAACAGCAAAACCCUCUAAUGUAUGGACAUGCUCUUCAAUCAGCCGCUGCUGCUGUAGCCGCUUCUUUCUUAUCUGCUGGAUUUGGAGGAGGAAUAGAUAUCAACGCCGCCGCAGCAGCCAAUCCAACAGCAGUACAGCAAUAUGCUGCAGCCGCCUCACUUUGGCCAAAUAUCCGCGCCGCCCCCUUACAGCCUGCGGCGCAAGACUGGACCCAACAACAACAACAAAAAGCAGCAUCAAUCGCUCAUCAAUUACAACUUCGUUUACCUGUGUCGCUUUAUCAGCCACAAGCGCAGCAAUCUCAACAAAAUCAGCUUGCUGCUGCCACAGUUGGACAGGCGAGAGCUGCUUCAGCAUCUUCUGUUACCGUUGCAUCCUCAUUAUUUGGGGCACCUUCUGCUUUCUCUUUACCUUCACAACAACCAACGGCCGCAUCUGUCCCCCCUCAUAGUACAACAACAAAUAAUCUAGCAGCAACUUCUGCUGCAGCGGCUGCCGGUCUUCUAGUUACAGCACAACCCAGCCAAAAUCAAUUUUCGAAUAUUUCAAAUGCUUCGGCUGCCUAUUCCUCAUGUACAUCUUCAAAUACUGCAAACCACCCUUCAAUGUUAGGCUUUAGGCCGAGUGCCGGAGUAACACCUCUUUCACGUGGUGCUUCCUCUUCCUCAUUAACGCCUCCAACAACUAGCUCUACACAACUAAAUAUUGAACAAGUUGCUGCUAAAGUUGCUACUUCCAAUGGAUGGCCAAAUAUUGGAGAGGGUUUUCCAGCUUCGAGUAAAGUAUCGCCUAUAUUAGCUGUUGCUGCUGCGGCUGCAGCAAGAGGGAAUGGGGCUACCUCAACCCCUAAUGACUUACAGAGGAUACCAGAAAUAGCCUCUGCAUUAGCCGCCGCAAUUUCCGCAGCCCAGCAACAACAACAACAUCAGGCAAACAAUAACGAUUCUACUACUUCUAUAAAUAUUCCAAUUUCUGUUGCUACUUCCUCAUCAAGGGGAACUCCUUCCUCUAUUUCAGUAACCCCUUCAUUACAACAUUCCUUAGCCCAACGGUUUUCUACCCCAAUUAGCUCCUCUAAUAAUUUAAACAAUUCAACAACACCUUCAAUAAAUGGUGGUGCUAGUAAUUUCUCUUCUUCCUCUGGCUUCUCCUCGGCGGCAUCUUCGUCUUUGCUUCAAUCUCCUAGCGCGAUUCCGGCUACAAGACAUCAAUACGAACCGAUGGCUAGUACUUCUAAGGAUUCUCUGAGUUCUCCACUUUCUUCGUUAAACAGUUCCGGUGCUUCUAGUGCCUUCUCCACACCAGCACAACAACAUCAAAAUAAUAACAUAACCAAUUUAAGUACAUUAACUACUGCAUUGUUUGCAGCAGAUAAAGUGGUUGGUGGAAACAAAUCAACAAAAGAUUUACAAUUACCACAAAAUUUGUUGAAUAGGAGAUUAAGUGGAAGCAGAUCAUGUGAAGGCACUAAUGUUGCUGAAGGGAAAAAUCAACAAAUCCCUUCAACAGAUAACGAGCCACAAAAUUCACUCAUAUCCCUCUCAGAUAAUUCAACAACAAAGGCAAUAGUAUCAUCACAACCAUCAUCACCCCAACAAAAACUUAAUAAUAAUGCAACAACAGUAGAUGAAUCCAAAAUGACAAGGCUUAUGGAAUGUGAUAGUUCUGUCCCAUCCCCUCCCUCCAAAAGAGAAGAUGAUGAUGAGAGGGAAGAAGAUUUGGAUAAAAAAGAAAGGAGGGGGGAAGAUAUUAAAAAGACAGAUGACGAAAAUGAACGUAUGGACACGGAAGCAGGUGAAAUUUUCCGAAAAAGGCAUUCUACUUCUACCAGUCUAAAAUCUGACGGAUCAUCAAAACCCCCGGCAAAACAUGCUAGAAAAAGUAAUGAAGUUGCAAGGCUACUUAACGAUUUGACUGCCGGAAAUUGUUCUUGGCAAUAUAUGGCAGAGCGACAACAAAAAUCUAUUCUCAAAGGAAAGGAUAAGGUUUCCAAAGAAAAGGUGGACAAAAAUGUGGACAAAAAGAAGCCUCCAUUGAGAUUGGACGAACGCAAACAGCUUAAAAUCAACAAGAAUAAGAGACACAAAAUGCUUCAUCAAAUUAGUGAUGAGAGCAGUGAUGAAAGUGGUGAUGAAAAAGUAGUUGAAAGUGGUGAUGAGUCUGUUGAUGAGCACGAGGAGGUUGCUUCUGCUGUUCCGCCCAGGCGUAUUGAUAGUGAUACUGGCGUGGAGAAGAAACAGAUUAUUAAUAAGUCAGCCACUUCUGAUGAAAUUUCUGACCUCUCUCUUGCGACUUACUAUUUGAUGAAUGAGUCUGAAUGCAAAAGACUGAGCGAUGCGGAUACUGAUGAAACUAAGAAGAUCGUUAAAAGCGUUCGUGAAAAAUAUGGACCAGAAAAGAAAACUGAGGUUGACAAAGAUUCUGAAAAAGAAGAGGACGAUGAGGAAGAUGUUUCGGAUAACAAAGUUCUUCAGCCUCCGCAACCUCGUAAACAUCAGCCUGUCCCUCCUACAAAAAGAACUCCAGCAGCUCCUUCAAAAAUGGCUAAAGUUGUUAAGGCUAAGGAAAAUAAAUCUGUUGCUGCUACUUCUACUAAAGUUGCUGGGAAGAAAAAUGCUGUGGAGAAGAAUACAACCACGACCAAAACAACGGCUAAAGACAAGGAAAAACCAACUGCAACAACCACACGUGGUCGUAAGCCAAAGAAGCAACAAGAACAGGAGGAUAAUGAAGAGGAGAAUGAUGGAAAUGUUGUUGUUACCGAAAAGGAAACUAAGGGGCGUUCCAGAGCUGUUGAACGUGCAAAAGAUGUUGGAAACAAGAAAGAACGUAAAGCAACAACAACAGUAAAGACUACAACCACCAAAAAAGCCAAAAAGAAGGUUUCAACAUCUGAAGAUUCUGACGACAAUGAUAAUAAUACAACUUUUGAUGAGGAAGCUGAUGACUCGACAGUAAUGGAAGAUUGGACUGGUGGUGAAGGGGAUCCGGAACUUUGUCAACUUGCAAGUUGUAAACGUCCAAAGGAUAUGAAAAUUAAUUGGGUGGCUUGUGAUGGUUGUGAUAAGUGGUUCCAUACUAUUUGCAUUCUUGGAAAGAAUAUUAAUCUUGACGAUGUUGCUAAAUGGUAUUGUACUAACUGUAAAGAUGACAAUAUUAAUGUUGAUGAUGUUAAUGAGGAAGUUGAUGAUGAUGAGGGGGAUAUGAGUAAUUAA